AGUUUGUUUUUGUGAAUGAGCAGUUGUAGCGCGAGGUGGCUGUUGCUUGGUGACGGUGAGGCUCCCCCGGCCCCGCCCAUCCCCCCGUGCAGACGUCACGCGGGGGCGAAGGCGGUUGGGAGGAGAAGUCGCUCGAGCGAGGAAGCGGCGGGAGGGCGGCCGUUAGGAAAAUGGCGCCGUGCGGCCCGGGGCAGACACCCGGCACUGGCCGCCGCCGCCGCCUUCCUGGCGCAGCUGCUGUGUCACGGCCACACCGGCCGGCUGUACAGCAGCCAGGAGCCGGUGAACAUUCUGGAGGCGGAUGGGGUUAAGGACCUGCUUGGGAACUGGUCGGGCGCCUGGGUGGUGGAGUUCUACUGGUCGUGGGGCGGCCCCUGUGUCAACUAUGGGGCCACCUGGAAGGUACUGGGCCCGGGAGGUGAAAGAAUUUUUGAAGAUUUGAAGAGGGAAGUUUUAAAAUCAACAGAUGAAGGGCUUAUAACCGAAACAUUGACCCUCCUGCUCCUCGGAUGCUGCCUGACUCCACUGUGCUUUUCCAGUACCACAUUUUUCGACUGACUCUCCAGCAUCUCCAGUCCUCACUUUGAUGUCAAUGUCUGACAGUCACUCAGUCCACUGGGGCCAGCAAAGAUUUUCGCCGUGAUUUCUGAGAGAGGAAUCAAAGCUGUUUGGUUCCUGUCGGAGUAUGUUUUCAGCAUCAGUGGGACUGGACGAGAGACCCCACUGUUGCAGCGCACUGUGUGUGGAGCCUGAAACAGUUAUACGGCCUGGGAAGGGGAUUUCACGGCAGGGAGGGGCUCUACACGUGUUUGUGUGCAGCUAAAGCUUUGGCCAUGGAGAAACCCGAGGAAUCCCGCCCUGUGGAGAAACCGUGGAAGUGUGGGGACUGUGGGAAAGGCUUCCGUGUCCUGUCUGCCCUGGAGACUCAUCGGCGCAGUCACACCGGGGAGAGGCCAUUCCCCUGCACCGACUGUGGGAAGGCCUUCAGACAUUCCUCCCACCUGCUGGCCCACCAGCAGGACCACACGGGGGAAAGGCCCUUCAGCUGCCCCGAGUGCGGGAAGGCCUUCGUGUUUUUCUCCGCCCUGCUGAGGCACCAGCGGGUCCACACAGGAGAGAGGCCGUUCAGCUGCCCUGAGUGUGGGAAGGCCUUCAGCGAUUCCUCCGCCCAGCAGACCCACCGGCGUGUCCACACCGGGGAGAGGCCAUUCACCUGCUCUCAGUGCGGGAAGGGCUUCAUCUGUUCCUCUACCCUGCGGAACCACCAGCAGGUCCACACCGAGGAGAGGCCGUACAUCUGCUCUCAGUGCGGGAAGGGCUUCAGGUAUUCCUCCACCCUGCUGGCCCACCAGAGGGUCCACACCGGGGAGAGGCCCUUCACCUGCUCUCAAUGCGGGAAGGGCUUCAUCUGCUCCUCCCACCUGCUGACCCACCAGCCGAUCCACACAGGGGAGAGGCCUUUCAGCUGCCCCGAGUGCGGGAAGGCCUUCAGCAGAUCUUCCUCCCUGCUGAGGCACCAGCGGAUUCACACCGGGGAGCGGCCGUACAUCUGCUCUCAGUGCGGGAAGGGCUUCACCUACUCCUCCCACCUGCGGAGACACCAGCGAGUUCACGUGCCAUCGCAGGGGGAUUGAAGGAGUGACGGCCGAGUCCCAUUAUCGAUUGGAAUAUCAACCCGGUUCCGGGGACUCCCGGGUUCGAAUCCCGCCACGACAGAUGGCAGAAUUGGUAUUCGGUCAGAAAUGUGGAAUUCGGAAUCUAACGAUGAGACCAUUUCAGGGAGGGGGUGGUAGGGGGAGAAAGCCCCCAUCUGAUUCCCUCACUCCCUUGUUAGGGAAGGGAACUGCCAUUGUGGGAAAGGAUACACUCAAGUCGUUCCAGCUGCAUCCUUUACCCGGUCUGGCCUACACGUGACUCCAGACCCACAGCAGUCUGGUUGACUCUACACUGCCCCUUCCUGGCAAAGGAGCGGGGAGAAACUUAACUGGAGACAGGGUAUGGGUUGAAAUUGCUGAGUGAGGCAAUACUUCCUCCGGGUUACGGCUGUACCAAGGAUCCAAUUACAAAGGGACA